CUUUUUCCGUGCCUUUCCAAGUGUCCUUGCGAUGUAUCGUAUGUUUCUUGCUCGUUGCAAAGACCUGUGUUUUGGACUUCUCGUUCUGUUCUUCGUAUAUGAAGGACUUAUGUGGAUGUCUGACAACAUCGUUUUAGUUGGAGAAUCCAAAAGUGGAGGUAAAGUAAGCGAUUUUAAAAGCUGUAUGUACAGUACAAUACUUAAGUCAGGGACACCCAACGACGUUUUUCUGAAAAAAAAACUGUUUGAAGGAGUAAAAAUUGCCUUGAAUUUCUAAAGCGUAAGAAAGGAUAAAAAUGUCUGGAUAACCUUUCCAUUCGUCUAAGAUAUCCGGAAUUUUUCUGCUAGCUUUCCGUACGAUUUUCGGAGGUUGUGUUUUUCACGUUUUAUUACCAGAAUACUGCUGUUGCUUUUAUUGGUAUAUAGACAAAACGCCUCCUAAAUUUUUUUUUAAGAAAGUACGGCUACUCAGCGACCUCGAACCUUCGACAGGACCCAUCAGGAUAGCUAACAGUUUCGGAUGAGCCGAAAAAGCCUACUACAACUAAUUCGAGGCUAUAAAGUUCCCCUAAGACAUCCGAGCAGGUAGAUAGUUUUUAGAGCAGUGAUAGGCAUCUAAAACUUCACGUAGAGAAAACCAUUUGAGACGAUUCUGACGUGUUUGGAAACGGAAACUUUCGGGCGUUGGGUGCCCCCAGUGUUAUGUGUACAUUUGUGAUGAUAUUCUACAUAUUCUACAUGCAUGAAAACAGGGGCACCCAACGAGAAUAUAGUUCAAACCACUUAAACAUAGCAUUGUUAAACGUAUUUUAGUAUUUAAACGGUAGAAAUAGGCAUAUUUUCAUUCCCUAAAAUUUUUUCAUCUGUUCGGAUUUCCUAGCUGAAAGUCUAGUGAUCCGAAAAUUAAAGGGAUCAAAACUUACCUUUUCGAAAAUUUCAGCCAGAAAAAAGGCUCCCGAAAAUUCUAGGUGACCUUUCCAGGGUAAAAAUCCGUUAAAAAUAGGCAAUUAUACCAUUAUUUAGAUGUUCGAAAAUCCUAUAGGAGAAGCAGGUAAGCAAGAAAUUCAGCAACAAAUGUUCCGAAAAUUCUAGAUCUCAAAUCGUCUUCCGAACAGAUAUUUUCCGAAAAUUGUUGUUGGGUGCCCCUGAUGAAAAUAGUCGUCUACACUCAUGCUACUGUUAAUGUUGUUCCUGCUUUUGUGAAUUGGUGUUUUUCAUGUCAUUUAUGUUCAAAGGCCAACGUGGCUGAUCCUUGCAAAUUUUAGGGAAUAGUAUUUGCAUGAUGAUUUGCAUGAGAUCCGUUCAAAAAAUCUUAAUUCGUAACCAUUGCAUUGUUUUAUACUUCCAUAAGAAGUUUCAUAUUUUCUUUAUCGAAACUAAAAUAACAGCUUCUAUUAAUUAAAACAUUUUUGUCGGCAAAGUUUCUUUAUAUGGGAAAAAUAAAACCAUGCGUUCCCAAGUUUGGUGUUUUUUUCUGUUGGAGGCGAUAUGGAGUUUUUACUUUAAAAACGUUCCCAGGCAGGUAUAUUUAGGACUUGUUGAAAUGUUCAGCUUAUACGGGCUGUAGAUUUGAACAGAUCAACUGUAGAAAUAUGAAGUAUAUAGAAUCCACAAGAGAGUGUCUCUUUAGUCUCGUUAAAAUACAACUAUAUAUCGCCCAUGUAGCUAAUUUAGAUUUUGCUACUAUAAACAAUAACCUGCACAGUCAGAUCAAAAUACGUAAAACUUUAUAAAACUUAUAGCUUGAAUUCAUCUGGGUUCAAAUAAAAUGUUUCGCCAAAACCAAUCGUUAUUUACCCUGGAUGUUUCCCAGCUACUUGUUUGUAGCCAUAAGCCAUUUGCUCUAAGGUAGUUUUUAAAUUAGAUUUUACACCUCGUGCAGAGAGUUGAAUAUUAAGUUAUCCGGCGAGAGCAGGAGCCCAUCAAAUUUGAUGGGCUCCUGGCGAGAGUUGUUAAUAAGAUUUACUUUGCAAGACAUAAUUGUGUGAUCCCUGGUUUCCGUAAUCGAUUUAUGCAGUUGUUCAGGCGGUCCUGCUUCAUGGUCCUUGGUCUUAAGUCGUCUGAGGGCAGAAAAUGUGCGCUGAUUUUAAAGUCGCCUAUGUUACAAGUAUUGUCAAAUAACAGUUUAAAAGUGUUUUUCAUCACCACUCCAAAUUUUUGUUUGGGGGGCUACGGACCCCCCCCGUCCCCCCCCCCCCCUCCCCAGCUUCGCCGCCUAGGCUAUAAUCCUUCUUCUUCUUCUUCUUCUUCUUCUUCUUAGAAAGUCAGAAACGCUGCUUUUUGGCAUUCUGCUAGGCUGUUUGCAUUACUACGAAUGCCGUCACUGCAAAAUUUGAAGAAGUUUUUGGGUGCCGUCCCCUUUUAAACCCAACAUUUUUAGUUUUGAUCCCCCUCUUAAACACGUAUUUUUUCAUGGUCCCCCAUCAAAUCCCACCAGCAACCCCCCUACCUGAUAAUAAAUGAACGGUCUCUAAGAAGGUUUUUCUUGCUUAUUCGUUAUUGCAUAUAUGAAACAAAACUUUAGUAGCAUUUACUACUAUUGAUAGUAUUAAUAAUUAAUUAGAACAUUUUUGGUUAAACAUCUCCAUUUUAUGGGUAAACUAAAACCAUGUCAGUUCGCAGGUUUGCUGUUCUCAUAUUCAUGAUGUUAUGAUGUUUUACUUAAAAGGUGUUAGCUGAGCUAAUGAUACAGGAACUGAUGUUUUUUAGUCCCGACAGUCUAUAUAGCCUUGGAAUCUGAUUUCAAACGGAGUAGAACCCGCAAGAGAGCCUUCUCAUUCGAAAACCUCAGAAAGACGGGUUCAUUUCAGAAACGUUCAAGGAUUUUACACGAAUAAAUUAGUGAGGCCGGAUUUUCAACUAGGCCAAUUAUCUGCCCUAGCUGUUUCCUGGUAACCUGUGUGUCGCCCUAAACGAUUUUGAAUCUUAAACCUUAAUCCUUUUUGCCAAUGUUACCUCGGCUACUGAGAUUAUUUUGAGUCUGAUCCUACAUGAAAUAUAUCUGAUUUAGAUGUCGAUUUUCCAGGUUAAUCCUUUAUAUAAUCGAAAACUUUUCUUCAAAUUCAUAGUGGUUUAAUUGGUCUAAAUGUGUCCCAUAAUCUCCCUGCUAUAAGACAAUCUUCUCAUCCCCAUCCAUGUGGAUAGAUUUCCUCUGUCGCGUUAUUAAUUUUUACCAGCGUAUGCAACAGAAAAUGACUUUCUCUCUUGGCGUACGAAUGUAUGAAAGGUUUCGUAUAAAGGUAAAAGUUGAUCCUCUCAAUCUUUACGUUUACGCGCGACCGUUCGGACAUUGCCUCUAGUUCAUUUUCGCGUGUACGCACGUUAAAAUUACGCGACAUUAUUGCCACUGGCGAAAUCCACCGUUUAGAGACGCAUAUAACUCAUAAAAUGGUUGCUGCAAACGCGAUAAUGAUCGAGCUCUUUGCCAUCGAGAUUUGCGCGAUUAACAUUCGCCAACCAUCUUCGUCGCCGUUCUUCCGUCAAUUUUCUUGUUUCUUCUCCUUGGUUCCAAAUAACAGAAGGAAAACGAAAGAAUUUAAACAGUCCCUUCUCUCGUUUUGAUUUAUGACUGCAUCCAUACACCGCACAAAGGAGUGGCAUAAUUAAAGAGGCAGAAUUAUGAUUCCGCCUUAUGAAACACGUGGGUUGGUUAUCCUCCAACAUGGCGCACGCCUGGUUUUUAAUUUAUGCUGACGUCACGUGCAUCGCCUUGUAACGACAAAAGAGUAAUUAACAAUUAUUCCUCGAGCCCGAAUGGGUGCCGAGUCAAUAGCCCAUGAAACCGAAGGCUGAAUGGGCUACUGACUCAGAAGCCAAUAAGCAAAACUCGAUUCUGCGGCCAUUGUUUUGGUUUUCAAAGCCGGCACUUUUUCUCUACUAAUGGAUAGCCUAGUAGUUGCUCAACCAAUCAGAACGCAGCAUUGAUGACCACUAGUUCUACUAGUUGGAUUUUACUAAACCCUGUUAGCAGGCUUUGGUGUAAUUACUAAAGCAGUAUACUCGUCUGCUUUGUUAGUAUGUCGGAUAUAUGUACGAGGCAAAGCUUUAAAAACAUGUAGGUUCCAACUUUCGUAGAAGACAAAACAAUUAAAAGUCACAGAAAACUAAAAAAACUGCAACGCAAUAGCAAUGUAAUUUUGGUUUCUUGACAGUCAGUGAAGAACCAAAGCACCCCUAUAUUUUACCUUAUGUUAAGGGUUCUGAGCAAACUGUUUAGCUACAUCUUCCUUUGGGAGAGGUAGGGCGCUCGAGUGCCCUCCACAUAUAAUUGCUAAGGCAGCGAUAUCUUAAUACAGUCGACUCCCGAUAACUCGAACCUCGCUAACUCGAACCUCGCGCUAACUCGAACCAAAAUCGAUUUCCCCUGGAUUUCCGUCAUACAUUCACUGUAAUUUUACCGUCGGUAACUCGAACCCUCGAUAACUCGAACUCCCACUAACUCGAAUCUUUUUUUGAUUUCCCUUGAAGGUUCGAGUUAUCGGGAGUCGACUGUAUAUUCAUGUACUGUUUUACCUUCACAGUACCAGAAUGGUUUGAUAGCAAAGUGGAACAAAGAAGGCAGCUUCAUCGAGACCAAUGUGAAAAGAAGCCAGCAAAUCCUAAGUUUAUUGAAGAGGCAGAUUUUACUUACUUCAUUGUUAUUGACGAAUUAAAGCUUGUGUUCUGCUGGAUUCCUAAAAUUUCCUGCACAACUUGGAAACGAGUUCUAUUUCAAGCUAAAAACAACGGUACAAUUGUCCCUAUGAGAGCACAUGAUGAUGGAAACAACUGGGGACAUUUGGGACGACUUAGAAAUCACCCACCGGCUGAAAGAAAGCGAAUCCUUGACACAUAUUAUAAAGCCAUGUUUGUGCGCGAGCCAUUUGCUCGUGUACUCUCAGCCUUCAAAAACAAAGUCGAGGGACAUUCAAACGAUAUGUUUAAAAGGUGGGAACCAAGCAUGCCAGAUGCACACGUAGAAAAGAACAAAUUCCCUAUUUACAUCCGAAAUGUUCUUUCUUAUAACCGUUCAAGCUUAGCCAUCAACAAACAUUGGCGAUUGUACCACCAGAUUUGUCCAUGCGAAGUGGACUAUGAUUUCAUUGGGCACUUUGAGGAUCUGGCGCUGGAAGGUCAAAUGCUGUUGAAGGCAAUCGGAGUAGAUCACCUAAUGUCAUUUCCAGAGUAUCAUUCAUCGCACUCCAAACCGUACCUGCUGCAGUACUAUUCUAAACUGACCAAAGAGGAAAUUUACAAACUUGGGAAGUUUUACGAGCUCGACUUCAAGAUAUUUGGAUAUGAUUUUCCUGGACCACUAAAGGAGAUCUUGAAAGAAAAAGAACUUCAAUGAGAAGAAACACAAUGAAAGAAAAUCACUCAGUACAAUGGUACUACGUGUUCGGUUGGAUGUGUUUUU